UUACGCGCACAUGCGCAGAACGACAGGUGGUCGGCGACUCGACCCAGCCGUCUCGUCCGAACCUAUCGACUUCUCAUCCUCAUCAUCAGGCGCUUUCGUGCUCUAGCAAGAAAGAUGUGCAGUGCUUUGUGUUGAAGUGCUCGUGGUGACAUGGCGUCUUAUAAUUAAUUGUUAUAGCAGUUCUGGUGUUCAAAAUAUUGUUUAUUUACGAUGACUGUGAAUUAUGAUCGUGUUUGUAGACUGUGCUUGUCAUCUCGGGGCGAAUUACUGCCGAUUUUUCCUACCACCAGUUCGGAUGACUCGGAGCCUCUCGUCCUCGCAUCAAAAAUCAAGGAUUGCGUGGCAGUACAAAUAAACGAGAAUGACGGCUUGCCAUCGAAUGCCUGCAGGAAAUGCGUUAACAAUGUCAAUAACUGGCACAUAUUUAAGACAGUAUGUGAAAGGACACAAAACAAACUACAGUCUCUGAUUAAAAAAGAUGGCAGCCAACUAGAAGAGGUGAACAUAAAAAGUGAACCAUUAUCAGAUGAGGCUUAUGAUGAUGGAGUGGUUAUUGAUGGAGGUUACAAUGAGGUUGCCAGUAGCAGUAAAUCACAGCCAGAAGGCCCCUCAAUCUUGGCAUCACUGGGGCUCACACCGCGGAGUGAUAAGGGUAUCGAGAGCGAGAAAGAGGAGGAGGAAGAGGAAGACGACCUGUUGGUGGAGCAGGCGCCGCCGCAGUACAGCAAGCCCGCCGCCGGCAUGCCCGAGGUGUCCAUCACCGUGAUGCGGCCCACGGGCGAGACGCUGCACGCGCGCCAGGGCAUCCAGCAGCUCGCCUCCAAGGACUGCCUCGUGUGCGCCCGCGCCUACCGCUACUCGCACAACGCGCGCCGCCACGAGCUCACCGCGCACGGCUUCGACCGCUACACCAACAAGGUCAACCCCCCCAAGAGACCGCACGCCAAGCACCUCCAGCCCAAGCUGCGCCUCAACCCCUUCAACCCCAAGGCGAGGCUCAUGCCCAACCCCGUCAACCACAAGCAGUUCCAGCGCCCGCUCCCCGCCAGGGUCGCGCCGGCGCGCGUCAUCGCUCCCCCCAAACCUAUACCGAUCAAGCAGCCGGCCAAGCCCGUUCACAACAACUUACCGUACCCCUUGCGAAUAAAAGCUCUGAAGGAUCUGCAGAUUAAAAAGAAGGAGCCGCAAAUUUUGAAGACGCUCCUCACGGCUAAACCGGAGCUGUUGGUCUCGGAGCCCGAGAUCGUCAACUCGGGUCCGGAGAGUCCCGAAACGUUAAUAUCGGAGCCGGAGAUAGCGUCUUUCCAGGUUGAAACUAUUCUGUCCGAACCCGCUUACGACCACGACCAAAAUCAGGAGGAGGAAGAGGAGGAGGUGGACGAGUCCCAUAAUCAAAACCAGCAUUAUGACACGGUCGAUAUGGAAUCCGACAACGAGAUCGAAAUCGCCCGGCAGCAAGAGAACGAGGGCGAGAUGGACGAGACCCAGGAGGAACACGAAGGAGAUGACAACAUGCAACAUGAGAAUGAGCAGAUGGAAGGCGAAGCCGAAAUGAGCGAAAACGAGAACGGGCAACAGGAGGAGGACGACGAACAUGGCGGCAGCCAGGGAGAUAUUACGAUAGAUGAACAGAAUGAUCUCCAAGCCGAGGGCGAGGGAGACAACGGCGAGAGUAACGGAGACAGGGAGGAGGAACAGCACGACGACGGGAACGAGGCCGAGGAAAACGAAAAUGAUAAUUAUGAGGACGAGGACCUCCCGCCGGGCCUCGCGCCCGUCGUAGAGAUCAACGAGGACAUGCAGACCAACUCCUACCACAGCGAACAGAACGAGGAGGAGGAGGAACUCGACGAGUCCGCCGUCAACGACACCAUAGACGAGGACGUCAAGGAAUACGAUCCCGAUAAGAUUUACGUCACGAAAACCCAGAGAGAUUUUAUCAACAAAUACAGAGAUGUCAUACAACAGAUCAACACUAAGAGGUGCCUCUGCUGCGAUAAGGAAUAUCCUCGCAGAAAAGCCGUCAUACAGCAUUUACAGAAAAAUGGACACAAAGUACCGAAGCACACUUGUUACAAUUGUGUUGUAACUUUUGGUCACAUAGGUGCAUUACUCAGUCACAUGAGAGCUAAUGUCUGCACGGACUUGUGGAAGGUCAUUUACAAUGAAGAGGGAAUAACUGACGACCAGGUCCUAGAGCCCAGAGGUAAUAAGGUCCAGUAUAAGGAUAUUUUUAAUGCUAGAUCGUAUGCAUGUAAACUGUGCCCGGCUAAAUUCCAACUGAAACAGUUUAUUACGAAGCACGUUCUGGACGUCCACGAGGACGGACAGUCGCGGGUGCACAUGGCGUGCGUGCACUGCGGCUCCCGCUUCAAGGACAGGCCCCUGUGGAAGCGGCACGUCCGAAACGGGGAAUGCACAGUUUACAUCGCAUGCGACCUAUGCCCUGAGAAAUUCGCCAAUAUACAAGACUUCAACGACCACGCGCUUCACGUCCACGCCGGCAGUUUCGACCCCGACAAUCAGAAAAACUGCAUCGACGGCCGCCCCACCGACUGUCCUCUGUGCGGCAAGAAACACGUCAACUAUCCUAACCUCGUGAAACAUUUGAAGACCGCUCACGACGAGGACAGGCCUCACUACUGCCAGAAUUGUGACGCCAAGUUCGAAACGAGCGUAGACCUGAAUAAGCACAUCUAUGCCGAACAUUCCGAUAGAGCGAUAUUAGGAGCGCAGCCCAUCGAGCCCGACAUGUCCCUCGUCAAAGAGGAGGCCGAGGAGUACCACUACUCGUGCACGGAAUGUAACGCCAUAUUCGAAACGGUGGACGCCUGGACCGACCACCAGGUGGCGGAGCACAACCAAGUCGCCCACCACUGCGACCAGUGCGAGAAGAAGUUCCUGCGGCCGUCGGAACUGGCGGAACACAAGAAUACGCAUCUGCGAGUGAAGUUCUACCCCUGCAGCGUGUGCUCCAACUCGUACAGCACGCCGCAGAAGCUGUCCGAGCACGUGCAGCAGGCGCAUCCCGGCGCCGCCGCCAUGGCCGCCGCCGAGACCGAGUUCUUCUGCGACCUCUGCAUCCGGUCCUUCAAGAGUCGGCAGGCCUACUCCAACCACAUGCGCAUCCACGCCAAAGUCCCCACCACCAACAGGAAACCGGGCGAGGGCAAAGGGUUCGCCCCGCAGAUAAUCGGCAAGCCGAUCAAGCAGUUCCCCAUGAUCCAGUCGAGCUUCGCCGCGUUCAAGCCCAACAUCAACGUUCCGAACGCCCCUUACUGCUGCGACAUAUGCGGGAAGGGCUUCAUGCACAAGAAAAAUAUAUGGAAGCAUAAGAAAGUUUUGCACGCCGACAUCCUCAACGAGAGGAACGACAGCGAGGAGAACACGAUGCAGGCGUCCACGGAGGAGGACGAGUACAACGUCGACGAGAACGGGAUCGCGCUGUCCACGCCGCAGUUCAACAGCUUCAACUUCUCCAACUUCGCCAACAACGCCCAGCCACACGCGCCGCAGCAGCCCGCCGCUGCCCCCGCGGACGCCACGCCCUUCUCGUGCGAGCUCUGCUUCAAGCGCUUCCCGCUCCGCACCAGUCUCUGGAAGCACAAGCGCGCCAAACACGGCAUCAUCAAUGCGAGUGCCUCCGGUAAUCCGGAAAACCAGGCUCAACCCUCUCAGCCCUCGGAAGGUGGCAGGUCCAGUUGCACGAUUUGCAAAAUAACUUUCUCCGAUAAAAAAUCAUACUACCGCCACAGAAAGAACGUGCACAAAUCCUCGGCACAGAUAUGUAAAAUCUGCGGGAAACCGGUGAACUCGACACUGGAGCUAUACGAGCACUUGAAGGCGGCGCACGCUCGUGAACUAUUAGGAUAUAACGCUAACCAGGGAACCAGCAAGGCGCAAGAUAUAUCUCAGGACGUCAAAAUGGAGUACGAUCCCGAACCCGAAAUCGCGGAUCCGAGCGCCGAGUAUCAGGCUCGGUACCCGUGCGACACGUGCGGGAAGCAAUUCGUCGGCCUCCUCGCGCUGCAGAACCACCAGUGCAUAAACCAAACGGUCUCGGAGCCGCAGACGUUCGAUUGCGAGAUCUGUCACAAGAGUUACACGUCGAUAGCCGCGCUGAAGAGCCACCGCGGCUGGCACCUCCGCUCGCCCGACGGCAAGGCCGCCGCCAACAACAGCGGCCUGUGGAUGCCGCAGCACAAGGUCACCAGCAAGGUCAGCAAGCACGAGGUCGUCGACCCCUCGCAGCUCGCGCGCGUCACGCACUCCACGCCCACCGCCACCGCCACCACCAAGCGGAGGCUGCCCCCCGAGGUCGAGGUCACCGUCGUCAACCCCAACAAGAAACUGCGCUCCGACGACUCGGUGGACCUCGAGCAGCAGAACAGCACGCCCGGCGCCCUCGAGGACCGGUACUGCACCAUCUGCGACAAGGAGUUCACGAAGCGCGCCGCCUACCAGCGGCACAUGGACGAGGUGCACCAGCCCAACUCCGUGUUCUGCCCCGUGUGCGACAAGAGCUUCACGCGCAAGUCGACGCUGCUCGUGCACAUGAAGAAGCACUACGGCGGCGACGGCGAGAGCAGCUCCGGCGCCGCCGCGCAGCCCGAGGACGACGCGUACGCGUGCGACGUGUGCGGCGGACAGUUCCCCAGCGACGCGGCGCUGCGCUCGCACCGCGCACGCCACCACGCCGAGGACGAGGACGAGUCCGAGGACGACGGCGAGGACGAGGGCUCCGCGCCGCUCCCGCUCCCGCAGCCCGGCGAGUUCACGUGCGGCCAGUGCGGCGACGGCGUGGCCACGCCGCGCGACCUCAUCGCGCACCGCACCAUGCACGCGACGCCCACCAAGUUCUUCUGCAACAUCUGCAAGGUGUACUUCGCGCGCGCGCUCGACCUGUCCACGCACACGCGCGCGCGGCACGCCGACAACGAGAAGGUCUACUUCCCCUGCGCCAUGUGCGAGCGCUUCUAUAUGAACAAGAAGAGUUUGCAGCGGCACAUCGAGAUGGCCCACUGAUAUUGAGAGCUCGACCGCUCGUAGCGUUGAGUUUAUCCGGAGCGGGUUUGUCGAUCGCCACCGAUGCGAUAUGAGUUUAUAUGAAAAUUCGUUAUGGCCAGUUGAGUUGGCGGUCUUUUGCGAACGUUUGAA